UGCACAAUAUGAGAAACACCAAAAGAUCUUAACAAAAACGAAAAGAAGAAUCUAAAUGAGAAACAUGAGAGUGUUUAUUUUACUUUCCUUCCAUGCUCUCAUGUUACUUGAAGCAUAUGUCUUUACCGAUGAAACUGAUCGGCAAGCCUUGUUCAAGUUCAAGUCUCAAGUUUCUGAAGACAGAAGAGUAGUCUUGUCCUCAUGGAAUAACUCGUUCCCUCUCUGCAACUGGAAUGGGGUUACAUGUGGCCGCAAACACAAGAGAGUUAUUGGUCUAAACCUCGGAAGAUUACAAUUAGGUGGAGUGAUAUCACCGUUUAUUGGUAAUCUUUCGUUUCUCAUCUCACUUGAUCUCUCUGAUAACUCUUUUGGUGGAACCAUCCCUCAAGAAGUGGGAAACUUGUUUAGACUUGAGUACUUGAAUAUGAGCUUUAAUUUUCUUGGAGGAGAGAUACCAGUGGAUCUAUUUAACUGCUCUAGAUUGUUGGACCUUGAGUUAGAUUCAAAUCAUCUUGGAGGAGGUGUUCCUUCAGAACUAGGGUCAUUAACAAGGCUUCUUAUUUUAUAUCUUGGUCCAAACAACCUAAUGGGAAAGCUCCCUGCAUCUCUAGGAAACUUGACAUCACUCAUGCAACUUAGCUUUACCAAUAACAAAAUAGAUGGAAGAAUUCCAGAUGAUAUAGCUAGAUUGACCCAAAUGGUUUUUCUUUCAUUAUCGGUGAACAAUUUCUCAGGCGUUUUUCCUCCCUCCAUUUACAAUUUAUCCUCACUUGAGAUGCUAAACAUCUUUGGUAAUGGUUUUUCUGGUAGCUUGCGGCCAGAUUUUGGUAUUUUGCUACCUAACCUUCAAGAGCUAUAUAUGGGAAAUAAUCAUUUCACAGGAGUCAUUCCAACAACACUUUCUAAUAUCUCUGCUCUAGAAAUGAUGGCAAUCGAGUAUAACAGUCUUACAGGAAGUAUUCCUCUGAGUUUUGGGAAGUUACAAAAUUUGGAAACCUUACUACUUCAUGGUAAUUCUCUGGGAAAUAACUUCUUUGGAGAUCUUGAUUUUCUUGAUGCCUUGUCCAACUGCACCCAAUUACUUAUCUUAAGUGUGGGUCUCAAUAGGCUUGGGGGUGACUUGCCUACCUCCAUUGCCAAUUUGUCUACAAGCCUCACUGAGUUAAAGCUUCAAACCAAUCUCAUUUCUGGAAGCAUCCCUCAUGACAUUGGGAAACUCAUAGGCUUACAAAAACUUGAGUUGUUUGAAAAUAAGUUGACAGGAGCACUCCCAACCUCUAUUGGGGAGCUUGUAGAAUUGGGUUAUUUAGGUUUGGAUUCAAAUAGAUUGUCAGGAAGGAUACCUUCUUCUAUAGGCAACCUCACUCAGUUAGAAACACUCUAUUUGUCCAACAAUAGUUUUGAAGGACCCAUUCCUACAAGUCUUGGAAAUUGUAGUCGCCUACUAUAUUUGUAUAUUGGAUCUAAUAAGUUGAAUGGAACUAUACCUCGAGAAAUUAUGCAAAUGCCAUCCCUUGUUCACAUAAUCAUGGAACUUAAUUCUUUCACUGGAUUUUUACCAAAGGAUGUUGGAAGAUUACAAAAUCUUGUUGUGCUAUCACUUGGAAAUACUAACUUAUCAGGACAACUUCCACAAACUUUGGGAAAAUGCCUCUCGAUGGAAGAACUUUAUCUGCAAGAAAAUUCUUUUCAUGGAACCAUUCCAGAUAUCAGAGGAUUGGUGGGUGUUCGUAGAGUUGAUUUGUCGAAAAAUAAUCUCACUGGAAGUGUACCUGAAUAUCUUGCAACAUUCUCUAAGUUGGAGUAUCUUAAUCUAUCCAUCAAUAAUUUUGAGGGAAGGGUGCCAACACAAGGGAAAUUUCAGAACUCUUCUAUAGUUUUGUUAUUUGGAAACAAAAAUCUUUGUGGAGGCAUCAAGGAACUGAAACUAAAGCCAUGCAUUCCGCAAGCACCAGCAAUGAAGACGAAGCAUUCCUCUCUUUUGAAGAAAGCUGUGAUUGGAGUUAGCGUUGGCAUAACCUUGCUUUUGCUUUUGUUCAUAGCUUUAGUCUCUUUAUAUCGGUUCAGAAAAAGAAAGAAGAAGAAGCAGACCAAUAAUACAACUCCUUCUACUUUGGAGGUCUUCCAUGAGAAGAUAAGUUAUGGAGAUCUACGAAAUGCAACAGAUGGGUUCUCUUCAAGAAAUUUGAUUGGAUCAGGCAGUUUUGGUACUGUGUUUAAAGCAUUUCUUCCGGCGGAAAAGAAAGUUGUUGCCGUGAAAAUUCUAAACAUGCAGAGACGUGGAGCAAUGAAGAGUUUCCUAGCUGAAUGUGAAUCUUUGAAAGACAUAAGGCAUCGUAAUCUUGUGAAACUAUUGACGGCUUGUUCGAGUAUUGAUUUUCAAGGAAACGAAUUCAGAGCUCUCAUCUAUGAGUAUAUGCCUAAUGGAAGCCUGGAUAUUUGGUUGCACCAAGAGGAAGUCGAAGAGAUUAGUAGGCCUUCAAGAACUUUGACACUUCUUGAAAGGCUUAACAUAGUGAUAGAUGUGGCUUCUGUUUUGGACUAUCUUCAUUUUAACUGCCAUGAACCUAUAGCUCAUUGUGAUCUUAAGCCAAGCAACGUACUUCUAGAUGAUGAUCUAACUGCCCAUCUUAGCGACUUUGGUCUUGCUCGACUCCUCCUUAAAUUCGACCAGGAGUCUUUCCUCAAUCAACUCAGCUCUGCUGGUGUCAGAGGAACCAUUGGCUAUGCCCCACCAGAAUAUGGAAUGGGAGGACAACCAUCAAUACAAGGUGAUGUGUAUAGCUUUGGGGUUCUCAUUUUGGAAAUGUUCACUGGGAAAAGACCAACCAAUGAGUUAUUUGGAGGAAACUUUACCCUACACAGCUACACCAAGUCUGCAUUGCCUGAGCGAGUAUUGGACAUUGUAGACAAAUCUAUUCUCCACAGUGAGUUCAUUGUCGGUUUCCCUCUUGCUGAGUGCUUGACACUGGUUUUGGAUGUGGGACUUAGGUGCUCUGAAGAAUCUCCUAUGAACCGGUUGGAAAUGAGUGAAGUUGUAAGAGAAUUAAACUUAAUCAAGGAGAGUUUUUUCCGAACCAGAAGGACAGCUAGACGUUGAGUGUUUAUGCAUAUUCCUAUAAACUCUGAAACCUUUGAACUAAAGGCUCAGUCUGAAGCCUAUAUCAUAUAGUCUUAAUAAUUAAUAAUGUGUGGUAUUGAUUUUCUGUAUGUAUACGUACCUAUGUUUGCAGAAUAUUGUCGAAGAAUGCUUAAUUUAU